CACAGAAGGGGAACCGGAGGAGGUGGUGGCAUCGGCGGCAGUCCCGACCGGACACUGCUCAAGGUGGAGGACUGGCCAUACGCGAAGCUUACCUUUGACCUCUCCCCGGCUGCCUCCGGCCUUGAUUUGUGAUCCUAGGCACUUUGGGGCUCUUCUGACCAUCUAGCCAGACCCCAGCCUGAAACCAUGUUCCCGGUGAAAGUGAAGGUGGAGAAAUCAGAGCUGGAGAUGGCCAAGGCCCGGAACCAGCUGGAUGCUGUUCUGCAGUGUCUUCUGGAGAAGAGUCACAUGGACAGGGAGCGUCUGGAUGAGGAGGCCAGGAAGACCCCUUCAGACGCCCACAACAAGGACUGCUCCAUCGCGGCCACUGGCAAACGGUAAGGGGGCAGGGGCCCAGCCAGCUGAGAGGCCCCCAGACCCUGCCCUGGUCCUGAUAUUCUCCCUCCCACACAGGCCAUCCGCCCGAUUCCCCCACCAGAGGAGGAAGAAGAGGAGGGAGAUGGAUGAUGGGCUAGCCGAGGGUGGGCCACAGCGAUCCAAUGCAUACGUGAUCAAGCUGUUUGAUCGGAGCGUGGACUUGGCUCAGUUCAGUGAGAACACACCUCUGUACCCGAUCUGCCGAGCCUGGAUGCGCAACAGCCCCUCCGUGCGCGAGCGGGAACGCUCCCCCAGCUCACCGCUGCCCCCGCUGCCUGAGGAUGAGGAGGGUUCAGAGGUCACCAACAGCAAGAGUCGAGACGUGUAUAAGCUGCCUCCACCCACAGCUCCUGGGCCACCUGGAGACACCUGCAGAUCCCGAAUUCCAUCCCCGCUCCAGCCUGAGACCCAGGGUGCCCCUGAUGACGAGCCCUCCGAGCCUGAGCCCUCACCCUCCACUCUCAUCUACCGAAACAUGCAGCGCUGGAAACGCAUCCGCCAGAGGUGGAAGGAGGCAUCCCAUCGGAACCAGCUUCGUUACUCGGAAAGCAUGAAGAUCCUACGGGAGAUGUACGAGCGACAGUGAUGUUCCCUUGUCCCCCCACCUCAAUAAACAUUCCCCUGCCCCA